GCAAAAUUUUUCGCAGAUAUUUCCCAAUUCACACAGAAUUCUGUGUAUUAAUACUAAUUAAAUUAGUAAGCUCUAAAGUACUUUUGAUUAUAAUUUAAUUAAAGCAACAUCCAACUGGAGUUAAAAAAGAUGAUACGGUAAAAGUGUUUAAAAAGCAAAAACAUUUAGGGAAUUGCUUAAAUAUUUAAUAGCGGAAAUUUGCAAGCUGCUGCAAUGCUAUACUUUAAUUCGAGCAACAGAAUAAAUAGUACUUCAUUAUGGAAGCCGCUUUUCAUGUUGCUAGCCAUAUUCGCCACACCACUUACCCAUGCAGCCCACGCAGAAGCUGCGCGAGUUCUUGAACUGAGCGAUCGUUUCUUGGAAGUGUACAACCAAGGACAAUGGCUAGUGAUGUUUUAUGCCCCAUGGUGUGGUUACUGCAAACGCACAGAACCAAUUUUCGGACAAGUAGCGCAAGAAUUGCAUGGACUGAAUAUACGCGUAGGAAAAGUUGACUGUACUCGUUUCACCAAUGUGGCACGUGAGAUGAAAAUUCGUGCCUACCCAACGAUUAUGUUCAUUAAAGGCAGCGCAAAGUAUGUGUAUAAUGGUGAUCGCACUAAGGAAGAAUUGGUUGAUUAUGCACUGCGUAUGAGUGGCCCUCCCGUACAGCUAGUUACACGCCCCGAAAGUGUUGAUAUGCUUAAGGGUUCUCACACUAUAUUCUUUAUUUUCGUUGGCCAACAAGAGGGUAUUUUGUGGGAAUCGUAUUAUGCCGCUGCAGAGAAUUAUCAAGAAUAUGGAUUUUUCUAUGCAACCUCGCCGGAUAUAGCAUCACAACAUUUCGAUUUUGAGCAUUUACCAGCGCUGCUGGUUUACAAAGAUGAGCAACAUUAUGUAUAUCCACAUGCACAUGUCGUAGACACCAUGGAGGGCACCGAAAUUAAUGAAACGGUUCAUCAUUGGGUGAAUGUUGAGAGAUUUACAACCUUUCCGAAAAUCACGCGCUUCAAUAUAAAUCAGUUAAUGCUUACGAAGAAGUAUCUUGUUGUAGCUGUAGUAGAGGAGGACAAACUAAACCAAGUAGCUACACAUGAACUAGAAUUCCGUGACAUGGUUGAAGCAGUUAUUCGUAAGCAUCGCGAUAGAUAUCAUGAUAAAUUUCAAUUUGGAUGGAUUGGCGAACCUGGUAUAGCACACUCUAUUAUAUUGGAUACAUUGCCUACUCCUCAUGUAAUCGUGAUCAACUCUACAACCCAACAUCAUUACAUACCAGACGAUGAACCUCUAAAAAUUACACCGCAAGCACUUCACAUCUUCCUAGAGUCGAUUCAUAAUGAAAGCGCUACACCACUAGGUGGCGACACUUACUUUGUACGACUACGACGCGCAUUUUUCGAAGCUAAGAAGGGAUUGCGUGACAUGUGGCAGGGCAAUCCUGUACUUACUACUGUCAUAUUUGGAUUGCCAUUUGGAUUUUUGUCACUCAUUUUAUAUUCCAUAUUUUGUGGAGAUUGCUUCGUGGCCUCAGACGAAGAAGAUGAUCACGAGAAGACAGAGUAAACUUUACGUAAAAAAAGCUUCCGCUUUUUAGAACAUUUAAUUAGAACAUUCAUUUAAAUUAAUUUAUAUUUUCUAGUCUACUUAAAUUGGUUUGUAGUUUAAUUUAUAGGUGCCAUGUAAAUUUGUUUUAUAUUCUUGUGUACAUGUAAGAAACAAACUAAACACAAAAAUAUGUUAUUAUUUUUAUUAGUUUUAUAGAAGCGAAUGUUUGAUAGGAAUAAAAAAUUGCAAUAUAUUUUACAUUCCAACAUCUUGCAAUGCGUAUUUGACCAAAAAUAAAGCGUUCGAUAAUAAAAUAUUGAGAAAAACUAAAUCGCUUAUUUCUUUACUGAAGUCUGCGAUAUUAAGGUUUUUAAUAAUACAUGGAAGCAUCUCA